AUGCCCCUUCCUAUGCAAAAGCCUUGCCCCAAGCAAGAUCCUUACAUAUCUUUUGUUAAGGCUCAUGUCGAGUCAACUUCAGAUGCCAAUUCCCAGAGUUCUACUUCUAGCAUCAACAACCCCGAACCGUCGAAGCCCCGGAGUUGCACGAGCGCGUCGGGCAGCGGGUAUUUGACCUGCUUUCGACUAACGGAGGGUUGUACAUCAAGUUUGGGUGCGCACCUUAGCAUCCUUACACUGUUUCGCUUCUCUGAGAUCAGUGGAAGGCAAGCGAUAGCUGCGAACGCAGCGGCGCUCCCAGAGCCGAUCCAGAAGCAGUUCGCCAGCCUGUUCGACGACGCACCGCAGGUUCCCUACUCAACCAUCCACCGUGUAUUUGUAAAUGAGUUGGGGCAGCCUCCGAGCGGGCCCAACGGUGUAUUUGAGGUAUUUGAAGAAAAGGCUGUGGCCAGCGCAAGCAUCGCGCAAGUGCACAAGGCAAAGCUCUGGCCCACGCGCGAUGAGAGUGGACGUGUGGUAGACGAGGGAAAGUGGGUUGCAGUAAAGGUACAGAAGCCUGACGUGGCAAAGCAAAUGGAGUGGGACAUUGCUGCGUUCCGCUCUGUUAUGUGGAUGUUUGAGCAUUGGGCGUUUGAUCUGCCCGUAUAUUUCGUCGUUGAACUAGACUUCAGCAGGAAGCUCUACUUUAUCAACCCCCUCGACAGCGUCGUCGUUCCUCUACCCGGUACACCCAGCCAAAGGCGCCUCACUGAGCUGUUGUCCGCGCAGAUGUUUCAGUUUGGACAGGCGCACUACGAUUUACACCCGGGUAACAUCCUCAUACGCCCCUCGCCUACAAACCGCACCCAGCCGCAAGUCCUUCCUGAAGAAUUCAAGAGGGAGUGGGCGGAGCUGUGGCGGGCGAUGCUGGUGGGUGAUUUUAGUGGAGUGAAGAGUGUUGCGGAGCGAUGGGGGUUCGGCCCGUUACCUGAUUUGGUGGCGAGCUUUGUGAUGAUGCGGCCGACGAUUUUGAGGAAGGGGAGAGAGGUCAAGAAGACUGAUUCAGGGGCAGAGAAAACGAGAAAAGACGGAGAAAACGAGGAUAGAGAUAACGAGAAAAAGAGAGAACGGAUGUCAGAGUACGAGCUCAGUCUGAAGAUGAAGCAGAGGCUGAAGGAAUUUUUGGCGGACACGGAUCGGAUGCCCAAAGUCAUUCUGUUUCUGAACAGAAAUAUGCGGAUAAUGCAAGGGAACAACGCGUCAUUCGGCAGUCCCGUCAAUGGCGUCAAAAUCACAGGCUACUGGGCUUCAAAGGCACCCACUCGAAACACUCACCUCACAUUCUCCGAGCGCACACGGGAGUGGUACAACCACACACGCUUUCAGCUCAGCAUGUUCAGCAUGGACUUCGCCAUUUGGAAGGCAUUGGUCGGGUUCUGGUUGCGCACACUUCCCGCUCGGAUGCACGCUCGGGAUGCACUGCCACGCGACGAUGGCAGGGGAACAGGAUGA